AUGAAUACAAACGCAUUGCGGGCGUAUUUUAGGGCGAAAGGGGGAGAAAUUGGAGGUAUCGCGUAUCGGGCUCGGAUGCAUCGUCUUUUUGCUGAGCUGGAGCCGUCUAUUACUGUCACCGAGCAAAACCUGGCAGACCGAGUUCGGUAUAUGUUACGCUCAAAUAUAUUUGAUGGCGCCGAACUCGAACGGCUACGACGUGAGGCUGUUCCCUCGUCAAAUGAAAACGCUACGACUGAAGGUGCGGUGCCACAAGUUGCAGAACAACAUCCGCACAUGUGGAUGCCGCCGUGGAUCCUUCCAGUUGUGGCUGAUUCGAAUGAUGAUGGAACAUUCACCCAGGAACUAGAAAGAGCAAAUGAGGAGUACAUUGGAAGAGGCGAUUAUGGAAACGCGCAGUACGCCUGCCCUCAAGCGGAAUCGGGCUGUCGUGAGGGCUCUGAACCCAAUGCUGGUGACCUAUUUGGAAGCCAGCCGGGACCUUUGCGAGACGGACUCAAUUCUCUUUGGCGCCGCACUGGCAGUCUGCCGUAUUAUAAGCGCCAAACUUUCCACGGCUGGACGCACUACUGGACAAAGUAG